CUCACUAGUUAGAAAGCAUUCGACAUAAUUUCAUAGAGGAGUAGCGGUCGAAAGGAACUAGUGUGUGACAGGAGGCCAUUAUCACCAUGCUUUAGUGCAGUUGAUGUUGGCAGUAGCACAUUUUUUUCCACCUGUAGUAAAAGGCGUAAGUACAGUAGAUCAUUGGCGUAUUGGGGAGAAAUGCCUUGCCCCUUGUUUUGAAAAUGGAAAACUUCAUGAAGGAACAAUAACUUCUCUUGAAACGGACAAGAAUGGAAAAUCAUUUGCUGUUGUAUCAUUCUUGGAGUCUGAAGAAAGGAAAAUACUAAUAACAAAACUUUGUAAAGUCAAAGACAGUAGAGGACCCUGGAAAAGCAUAAUAUUUGAUGAGGGUGAUCUGGAAAAGCCAUAUUUUCCUGACAAAAAUCUUCCAUCUCCUGGAGUUGCUUUUAAAUUAUCGGACAAUGGUGAUUUUAUCCCGUAUACAAUUAACAGAUACCUGCGUGAUUAUCAAAGGGAAGGAGCCCAGUUUCUGUAUAGACACUAUGCUAAUAAAAGAGGGUGUAUUCUUGGAGAUGAUAUGGGCCUUGGAAAGACAAUACAGGUCAUUUCAUUUUUGGCUGCAGUGUUGCACAAAAAGGGAACACGUGAGGAUAUUGAAAAUAAUAUGCCGGAGUUUUUACUGCGGACAAUGAAAAAGGGCUCAGAUUGUAACCCCAGGAAGAUUUUCCUCAUAGUGGCCCCUCUUUCAGUGCUUUAUAACUGGAAGGAUGAGUUGGACACAUGGGGAUACUUUAAAGUCUCUGUCUUACAUGGCAGCAAAAAAGAUGAUGACAUGAGUCGCAUCAAGCAAGGGAAAUUUGAAGUUGCUCUUACAACUUAUGAGAUACUUCGCCUGUAUUUGGAUGAAUUUAACAGUAUAGAGUGGUCUGCUGUGAUAGUGGAUGAAGCACAUAGAAUCAAGAAUCCAAAGGCUCAAAUAACUCAAACCAUGAAGUCAUUAAAAUGCAGUGUUCGCAUAGGUCUUACUGGAACCAUUCUUCAAAACAAUAUGAAGGAACUUUGGUGUGUUAUGGACUGGGCUGUACCAGGACUUCUAGGUAGCAGAGGACAUUUCAAGAAGAAAUUUUCUGAUCCAGUGGAGCAUGGCCAGAGGCACACUGCAACUAAAAGAGAGCUAGCAACAGGUCGUAAGGCCAUGGUGAAGCUAGCAAGAAUAAUGUCUGGCUGGUUUCUGAGACGUACCAAAGCGCUUAUCAGUGAUCAGUUGCCAAAAAAGGAAGACAGAAUGGUGUUUUGUUCCCUCACUGAAUUCCAGAAAGCUGUGUACCAGGCUGUGCUAGAGACAGAUGAUGUUACCUUAGUGUUGAGAGCAGGAGAGCCCUGUACCUGCAGCAGUGGAAGGAAGAGGAAGAACUGUUGUUACAAAGUAAAUGCACAUGGUGAAACGAUUAAGUCAUUGCGCUUCAGUUACCUAAUGAUCCUACAAAAGGUUGCAAAUCAUGCUGCACUGCUGCAGACAGACAACACUAGCAAGCUGCAGGAAGCACAUAUCAAACGAGUUUGCAGCCAGGUAUUUUCCAGUUUUCCAGAUUUUGUGCAGUUAAGCAAAGAUGCAGCCUUUGAAACUAUUUCAGAUCCAAAAUACAGUGGAAAAAUGAAGGUCCUUCAACAGCUUUUAAAUCACUUCCAAAAAAAUAAGGAUAAAGUUCUUCUUUUCUCCUUUUCCACAAAGUUGCUAGAUGUGCUAGAACAGUACUGCAUGGCAUCUGGGCUAGAUUACCGAAGACUUGAUGGAAAUACAAAAUCAGAAGAUAGGAUCAGAAUUGUAAGAGAGUUCAACAGCCUUCAGGAAAUUAACUUAUGUCUUGUAUCUACAAUGUUUCUUCCUUUCUUCAUCUUGGAUGAAAUUUUUUACUGGGGAAGGGCAGCAAAGGAGCAAAGAGAAGCUUUUCUCCUUUUGCCUCCUACCCAGAGGGGACAACUCAGUGAAACUUAAUGAAAUAUGAGUAUAUGCUCACUGUGGUUUUUACUGGAAGUAGAUAUGUUGGAGUUAGGAGGAUCCAAGCUAUCUCUGUAUAACUAGAGCAGACGUCAUCUUAAAGGCUGUUGCAAGUGAAUGUCAGAGCAGUCUUCAAAUACUCUGGUGCUUUUGUAUAGGGUUGUGAAGAGAUUCGUGAUACUAGUCAUUGAAGAGAUUUGUGACGCUGGUCAUGUACAUUGGCUUGUAAUCUCUGUCAACUGAAAUAUGCCAUCGUCUUCUUCCCCUUGUCACUGAAGACAGAGGGAAAUUUCAGAAUCUGUAGCAUUAUGAAGGACUAAUUUUUGCUUCAGUUAGUACUGUAAUCAUGGACAUGUAAGUUCUCUUUCAUUAAUUUAAAUCAAAAUAAAAAUGAAGGUUAACUAAACAGAGGUGGACUUUCUUGUCUCUGUUUUGAGAGCUUGCGUGUAGAGACUAGUGAGCCUUCUCCUGCUGAUGGUGCUGCAGAAUAGGCUUGAUUCUGUUGUUUGUAGUUUUACUUAUCUUAUGAAACAACUGAAAGGAACAAACCAUAAUGGAAUUACAGUCAGUAUAAGAUUGUGUUGUAAGCAAAACAGAGGGUGCAGUGGUUUGCCUAGUUUAUUACAGAUAACAGGAAGUGAUCUUUUUUCUUGCUUGAUGCACAGUAAUGGAAGCAUCUUUACAUUUGUAAUCCUUCGGAAAUUAAAAAGCGAUUUAUCCUAUUUCUGCCGUACAAGAGAUUGAUCUUUUCUCUCACUCAGAUUUCAGGCAGAUAUAAAAUAAUAAUGGGCUUUAGAGUAUAUUCUGUAUUUUUCAUUGCAGAGUACAUUGACAGAAUUGGUUCAUACUCUUCUGUCUGUACUUUCUUGCAAAGUUUCUGGUGUUGUGAAGGUCUCAUUGCUCAGAGAACCAAAUGUUGAUUUUCACUGAAAGUACUUGCAUGAUCUUUUGGAUGCGUAAGUGCAUUCUGCAAAGGAUGAAUUCUCUGCAUAGUAAUCUUGAGACUGCCAUUAUGUUCAUUGCAACAAUUAAUAUGCAACUUACAAAACAUAAAACACUAAUUGGAGAAUUACAGUGCAGUACUGAUGAUAACUUUCACUAUUAAAUUUGCAGUGUUUGUAUUUAAUAUUCCUAUUUUUUUCAAAAUGCUGUUUCUGCCAAAGAUCACAUUUAGAUUUGAAAAUCCUGGUUUUAACUGAUCAGUGAAAUUUUUUGAGAAAUUGGACCUUAAAAAAGAAAAUAAUUUAAAAAAAAAAGUUUGUCUAACUGUAGAUUUGACCUCAAGCCUUGAGGUUAAUAUUGGUACCAAGCACAGUCACAUGGCUAUCCCUAAUGCUUUUAUUGACAGCUGUGACUAAUACAGCUUUAUGGGUAAAUAUAUUUUAUAGGUGUUGAGAGAAAGUGUAAUUGAUUUCUUCAGAGCUUGUACAUUUCAUCAAACCAUUAGAUCAUGAAUUUCAGGUUGAGCACUAGGGAAAAAUAGCUAUAUACCUGUUGGAACUUCUAAGUCUCGUGAAGUAAUACCUGUUUGAGAAUACUUCAGUCUUGCACUGGUGUUGCUGGGAAAAUAUGUUAUUAUUUAGAAAAAGAGAAGAGGAUUUUUAGGCAUGCUUAGUAACAAUAAAAUAAGUGCUAGAGUUGCUGUAACUUGAUAGUAAAUGUAAAAGCUUUCAGUUCCAGUGGUGCUGGAAAGAGGUGGUGCCAAAAGAAGAGAAACUGUAUAUGUACAAUACCGAAGUCAGUACAGUUCUGUUCUGUCCUAGUUUGCUGGAAUAAAUAAAAGCAGCAAGUAUGCCUGCCUUUAAAUCACUGUUUCUGGAUUUUUUGUGCUAGUCUUUCUCUAGGUUAGUUCUGUCAGAAUUGUUAAUGAAAAUCCAUUUCUGCUUCUCAGCUUUCUUUUUAUUUAAAGAGAAGUGUCUAGAGAAAUUUGUAGGUAGUUUUUAUCAUGUAAGGUUACAUGUCCACUUCCAUUCUACCUGCAGCAUUCUCUACUACUGUCCAUUACCAGACUGCUGUUAGUUACUUUUUACUUUUACAGGGCUUCAUUUAGCUUUAAUUCUUUCACAGCAAUGUUUUGAGCAACUUUUACAGUGCGUAUGAUAACAUCCAAAGAACUUUCAGCCACAAAUAUCCCUCUGAAACAAAGAGCACAGAAACUAUGGAAAACCUAUCUUGAUAAACAGAAUUACAUAAUCAAAACUUUCA